AUGGCUUCUCAAAAAGAUAUUCAAUACUUGAUUUUUGAAGGUGGUGGUCCUGACGAAGGUCCUGGUCCUAAUCAAACUAUUAAUAUUGCUUCACUAAAGCAUACAUUUGGCGAAAUUAAUCCGAAUGCUCAACGUAUGUAUGCAUAUGGCAAGCAACAAGUACGUUUUCUUACUCGAUCGAGUGCUUUCAUUCGUUCAGAAAUCGAAGCAGCAUUUGAUCUAGCCGAAUACACAAACGUACCUCUUUUUAUUCAUAUAGAUCCAAUUUAUGGUUGGGGUGCUGACGAAGAAAGUUCAGCUGUUGAUGCACCCGUAAUUAAAUACUGGAAAAAUGAAACAAUGCGAGAAUGGAUUGAAUUUCCUUCGAAUAGAAGCCAACUACCGAGUCGUAUUCCUCGAACGUGGUUUAAUUGGGGACCUUGGUGUUCACCUUCGUCUGCAUUUCCAGCCAUUGGUGCCCCAAAUUUCAUUAACUUCUCUAUUAUGCAAUUUAACGAAAGUAUUGGUAAACCUCUCGCAAAAUGGAUCAUAAGAUUAAAUCAACAAAAUAAAUCUUAUUUAUUUGCUGGUAUUAAUAUUGGUUGGGAAACAAGCAUUCUUAAUUAUAGACAAAUCGAUCCAGCUCAUUUACCAAUAGCUGAGUGGCCUUUAAAUGCAAGAAAUAUUACAAUGCUUGAAUGGGAAGCUGGCGCUCAACUUGGUUAUGCUUCACUCUAUUGGCAAGGAUGGACUGAAGAAAAAUUAGUUAAUCAAGCUCAAAUUCGAAAUAUGACUCGUAAUGAUUUGUUCGACUUACUUUGUUAUGAAGCUAUUCACAAUUAUUUGCAAAAUUUAGCUAAAGUUUGUGUUGAUAAUAAUAUUUUGCGAGAACAUAUUUUUACUCAUAUUGUACCUAUGGCUUCAGUUAAUUCUUCACGUAUAGAAACAACUGUUCCACCUAUUUGGACUGCUGUUAAUUCUUAUUCAAUUCCUGGAUUUACGAUGGAUAAUCGAGGAGCAGCUGUCUAUAAUCUAACAGAACUUAAGCAUGAGAUUGCUGUUAUUGAUCCUUCUCAAUCUCACUUUGCCGUUAGUGAAUCUUAUCUUUUUAAUUAUGGCGAUGAAGAAAGUAUGCGUAAUAAUUUAGCUGAAGCAUUUGAUAAUGGUUGUUUGAUCAAGGCUAUAUAUGGUGCAUUACCUUUUGCCAGCGAAGAUCCUCAACCAGAAGGAGCUAUCAAAGCUAUACGACAGUGGCUCAAUGCAACUAUUUAG